AUGACCUUCUUUCACUUUGUUGUCACGUUUCUGGGCUUGGUCGUCUGUUGGCAACUUGGCUUGUUCACGCCCAAGCGAGCGCCGAUGCAACAUGUCUUGCCGCUAUGCCUCUCCUUCUGCGGCUUCGUCGUGCUCACCAACCUUUCCCUCCAGUACAACUCUGUUGGCUUCUACCAGAUUGCCAAGAUUGGCACAACACCAACAGUGGUGGUCCUGGAAACACUCUACUUCGGCAAAGUGUUCUCGCAAAAGACCAAGCUCUCUCUUAUCCCCGUUUGCCUGGGCGUCCUGUUGACUUCGGCCACUGACAUUCAGUUCAAUUUUAUCGGCGCUGUCUACGCAUUCCUGGGCGUGUUGGUCACUUCCAUGUACCAGAUCUGGGUGGGCACCAAGCAGAAAGAGCUUGGGCUCGAUUCGAUGCAGCUGCUAUUCAACCAGGCUCCCAUCUCCGCCAUCAUGCUCCUCUUCCUGAUUCCCGUAUUCGAAGACCCGUCUGAGAUCCUGUCUUACCCCUACGACACUCAGUCAGUGAUCGCCAUCUUCAUUUCGUCCGUACUGGCCUUUUGCGUCAACCUCUCCAUUUUCCUCGUUAUCGGCAGAACGUCAGCAGUCACGUAUAACGUGGUAGGCUACUUCAAGCUCGCGUUGGUCGUGCUGGGUGGCUUCCUUCUGUUCCAGUAUCCAGUGAUGCCUCUCAACAUCCUCGGCAUCCUCCUGACCCUGAGCGGCGUGGUCAUCUACACACACAUCAAGCUUGCCGAAACCGCGGCGGCACAGGAGCUUGCACAAAGCAAGGAGGUUGACCUCUCCUCGGUGAACGUCGUCGAGGACGACCUCAAGCCCUUCAACAGCCAACAUACGGAGCAGGAAGACGACGAGUACAGCGAGGGCCGGGACAAAUGA